UUCCCAAAACUACUCCAAAGACUAUCUAAAAAUCAACCUAUUUCAAGACUCUUCCAAAAUAAUAAAUUGACACAACCCAAAAUAAAAAGAUCUAAGCUUUAGGUAAGAUGGUAGAUCAAUUCACGGUCCAGAAAUGGCCUCCGCGUCAUUAAUGGCGGACACACUUGGCAAUUGCCCAUUGAGUUCUCAUAAAAAAGAAAAAGGACCCGUGAACUCAGCCGCGUACGCCUCAACUUUCCUCCCUUGGACUUGGGCAUGUGACUCGGACACUGACCCGCAGUAGCGUUUCAUCUGUAUUUUAGGGCAAAAUAAGCAAAAAUUCUAAGGAAAAGUGGAAAACAACCACCACGAACAAUUACAGCGGUGAUAUAAUUGUCAGCACCGAGUUAAAAUGCAAGAAUCACCGAUGAAAAAGAAAGGGUGGCAAUAAAUAUCAAGAAUCGGGCCCCAUGGGUCACGAUCAAGAAAGUAAUUUUGGAAAGAGAUACUAGCAUUGUUAAUGGCUGUUUUUCAACAUACGGUUUGAUUCUUGGGCGUACGCGAGUUGUCUCUACCUUUCUUGGACUGUCCGAAGAUUUUUCUUUUAUAUCGGCCCCAAAGUUCCUCUCUAUUUUAUUUAUUCAUUUUGUAUUUAAGAGUCUCACUCACACACCGGUCCUCGUCUCUUGAUAAGUGAAGCUACGGUCCUCGUGAGCUUCGCUUGUUUCUGAUAAAAGAGGUGGAGCAACCGCCGGAGAUCUGGCCGGAGCUAAUCUUUUCCGGGCUUUAAAGCGUAUUGAGUCUUGAGCAAGAAAAAGCAGGACCUUUAUUCUUGGAUCCAAAUCAGAUUAGCCUCUGCAGAAAUUUGCUUUUGAGGAAAGAGAUUCCAAUUUCCCCUUUUUUUCUGCAAAACUUUUUGUUGAUUUUUUUUUUAUCCAUUUUGUCAAAAAUGGUAUUGAAAGUGGCACCAGCUCCAUUACAUUGGUCACAGCCUUCAAUCCCCCACUCUUCAUCUUCUUCCCAGACAUUAGCCUCAUCCAUUUCAUCCCCUUCCUCAAAACGACGCAGUUUUUCAAGUGGUGAUUCGGGGGCCCUCUUUUGCCGUUAUGUCGACAAGUCCGCCUUGUUCCCCAACGCCCACCGAUCACCAAAACUCUGCUCUCUAUCUCAUCAAAACAAGAAUUCCCGGGCUCGAACUAUCAGACGGGCCCUCUCUGCCAGCAUGGACUCGUUCUCCGACGAAGAAUUUUCCAAAAAGAUUCAAUCUUUGGCCUCGAGAUUUCAAACGAGCCACGACGAACACGAUUCGGACGGGAGCUCGAUAACUAACAACGAUUGUGUUGAGCUAUGUUCAGAAAAUGAGGAUGGAGCCGUUUCUAAUUCCGGGCCCAAGUUCUUGGAGAAAAACCGGAAAACCCCAUUUGACGAUUCUGUGGAGCCUCCUGACGAGAUAAUCCCAGCCAACAUCGAGAUGAAGGCGAACAGCUUCGAUAUUCCCUUAUCCCUUAGAAUAAUAAAACGAAAAAAACAAUGGCAGGCCGAGAUCACCGAGGCCCGAGACACGGCUUGUUGCUCUGUGAAGAAGGCCUUCUCGUCAAUGGUCUUCAUUAUCCGUGAGCUCCACUGCUACACUCUCCAGAUGAGGGAGAUUCUCUUCUACGAGGAUUUACAAGGCAUUCUUGCGAAUGUUCAGAAAGAGAUGCACGCGUCAUUCGUGUGGCUGUUCCAGAAAGUGUUCUCCCAAACCCCGACUCUCAUGAUGUACUUAAUGAUACUCCUCGCAAACUACAGUGUCCACUCCAUGUCAGCUCAUGCGGCCUUAGCCGCCACCAUGCCAUCUGUACAGACCGAACAAGUCUCCUUGGCCGGAGAUCACGAUGACAGUCCCUCUAAGCAAAAAUUCGACUCGCCUAUUAUCAAGAAUUUGAGGAUUUCUUCCCCUUCGUCUAGUAGUUAUGGAAAAACUGCUUCGAUAGGAGGGAAUAAUGGUGGUGGUGGUAAGUAUAAGCCGGUGGGUAGUGAUAUGGAUGGUGAAGGGAGGUUUAAUGAGUUUAAUUAUGGUGGGGUGACCUCAUUUUCUACAGAUAAUCCUUCGAGUAUGUCUGGACGAGCCUCGGCAGAGGAGGAGGAGGCACUUUGGGGCUCGAUUGUGAAUGAGGCUUUGAGAAUGGAGGCCGGAUCAAGGGAAGAGGCCUUAGAUCGGGAGACUAUGUUAGUGGCCCCAGUGAUUGCGAGAAUCGAGACAGACGAUCAAAUGGAGUAUCUGAAGACGGACAUGUUUUACCAGACGGAAUUGGCUCGAGAGCCGGAGAAUGUCCUUUUGCUGGUGAAUUACGCGCAGUUUCUUUACCUUGUUGCUCAGGAUUUUGACAGAGCCGAGGAGUACUUUAAGAGGGCUACGAAAGUCGAGCCUAAGGAUGCCGAAGCAUUGAACAAGUACGCAAACUUCUUGUGGGUCGUGAGGAACGAUCUUUGGGCUGCUGAGGAGACAUAUUUGGAAGCAAUUUCAGCUGAGCCCAAUAACGCGUACUAUGCAUCUAAUUACGCCAAUUUCCUGUGGAGUACUGGUGGGGAAGAUACUUGUUUCCCUUUGAGCUCGCCUGAUUCCAUUGAUGAUGUGUAGACCUUAUGAAAACUCGAGAGCUGUCUGGAUUUAGAAAGUUUGAUGACAGAAGAAAGGAAAAAGAAGAAGGAAAAAAGUGAAAAAUUACCCUGAGGGAUUAACUUAAUUACUACAAAGGCUCGAUUAUCUUUUCAAAAAUUGCAAGUGAGCCCUGAGGUUGACGCGGACGAGGGGGAUGUUUGCAAGGUAAAAUUACAAACUACAGGGAGUGUUUGUAAUCGUGAAUUAAGAAGGGGUGUCUUUUGUAAUUAGACCAACUCUUGAGGGAGGAUGUAGUGUUUUAUCAAGAAAAAAGUAAAG